AGAGGAUGAGUAUAAGUAAGGCGCGAUGCAGGUUCAGUGAAGGGCGAGAAUUGCUCUCCAUUGUCUCCCUCGGCCCUCGCCCUUCUCAGGGCCCUCUCCCCUCUGCUGUAAUCCCUAGAUCCCUACCCUCUCACGGGAAAAGCCUCCCCAAUUUUAUUUCCCCUACUAUCUUCUUCUUUGAUUUUUAAAUUUGCUAAAGCACCAAAGUCUAUACUCCUGUAUAUCCCACAAUAAUGGCCCAGCCCGAAACCCUAGAUUCUCCGCUAUCAGCAUCUUCUUCGUCAGAUCCACAACUGUCGCGGAACUUGUCAUCCAGUCGACUCAACGCUCAGGCGCCUGAGUUUGUGCCUACUCGCUCUACGCCUCAGCAGCAGCAGCAGCAGCAACAGCAACAGCAACAGCAGCAGCAGCAGCAGCAGCAGCAGCAAAGUCAUAGGAUGAUGAUCCCUCCUCCUCCGCCCCCUGCGAUGCUGCACGUCUACCCUCCUCCUCCGCCUCCGCCGGCGGCGUUUCACCUCCCCGUCCAUAGCCCAGUGCCUAUGCCGCCUCACAUGGUCCCCGUGCCCCAUCAUAUGCCCAUGCGGAAUCAUCACCACCAUCAUCAUCAUCCUCCGUUUCAGAAUCAUCCUCAUCAUCAUCGAGAGCAAGAAGUUGAGGCUGUUGUGAAGAAAGAUCACCACAAGGAGCAGCAUAAGGAGCACAAGGAUCACGGUGCUUCUUGCUCCAAAAAUGGGCUAUCCGAAGAAGCUACCCUAAAGAUUUUGAAUCAGGUUGAGUACUAUUUUAGUGAUUUGAACUUGGCCACCACCGAUCAUCUUAUGAGGUUUAUCAACAAGGAUCCGGAAGGAUAUGUGCCAAUAUCUGUUGUUGCAUCUUUUAAGAAGAUUAAAGCCCUCAUAACUACUCAUGCCCAGCUAGCUACUGUUUUGCGGAACUCGUUGAAGCUUGUUGUUAGCGAAGAUGGAAAGAAAGUAAGACGCCAGCAUCCCUUAACUGAAUUGGAUAUGGAAGAGUUGCAAUCUCGUAUAAUUGUUGCUGAAAAUUUGCCCGAGGAUCACUGCCACCAAAACCUCAUGAAGAUAUUCUCUUCUGUUGGGAGUGUGAAGACAAUUCGUACCUGUCAGCCUCAACCCUCUGGUGGUGGGGUUUCUUCAGCAUCUAGGACAGCAAAAAGUGAUGGCAUGCAUUUUAGUAACAAGUUGCAUGCAUUUGUGGAAUAUGAAUCUGUUGAGCUGGCUGAGAAAGCAGUAGCAGAGCUGAAUGAUGAGGGAAAUUGGAGGAGUGGCCUUAGGGUCCGCCUAAUGCUUAGACGUGUGUCGAAACCUGCUCAUACAAGAGGGAAGAAGAGCCAUGAUGGGGAAGGUCAUUAUGAGGAAGAUGAUGCUUCAACAUCCGAGCAGCAGUCAAAUGAUAAACAACAAGAAGAUCCAUCUCAGUUGUCUGAUAUCCAUUCACAUGAGUAUCCUGGAGAGGAGCAUUCCAAUGAGAAAGAGGGUGGGCAGAAAAAAGGGCGAAACAGAGGCCGGGGCAAAGGACGUGGGCGGGCUCAAUACCAUAAUAACCAACAUAAUAGUCGUGGAAAUCAUGUGGGCACUCCCCCUUCAGCAACAAGUAAUUUGGUCAGUAACGAGCAAGCGACUGUAGCAAAGCAGCCCCCUGGUCCUCGAAUGCCAGAUGGCACAAGAGGAUUUGCUAUGGGUCGGGGGAAGCCGGUUGCUGUUAAUACGGCGUGAUUAAUAUUUAUACUAGACAAGACAAUGGUGUGCAAUGUUAUAUUGGGGUAGGGAAGUAUAUGUGUUUUUAAAGUGCAUGACAAGGGGGUGGCCAUCUAUGGUUAUUAGUCAUAGUUUAGUUGAAGAGUAAAAUUAUAAGUAGCGAGUGUGGAGUGAGCAUUUUGAAAGUGGGUAUGGAUGAUAUGCAUAUUUGUUGUUAUUGUAUUAACUUGUAGAGAGUUGAUGACCUAUACCCUGUACCCUAUGGCUAUAGCCUAUAGAAUGAGUGAAGAAGCAAUAAUAAUACUAUUAUUACUUUUGGUUACAAUAA